CUUCCGAUAUGAUCUCUUUCACCUGCCCACCAAGUAGCACACAGAUUUAAGGUAGCCGGGAUUCUCGAAACAAAACAAAGCAGAAGCAUAGAGGGCGGAGCUACCCAUACCUGACUAAUAUUAGAUCAUGGGGAACAUACACCAGGCCGGCGUCAAGAAAGAUGACCAUGGCGGCGGUGACAACCAGCAGCUACAGGUGGUCUCCGUUCUCGAGCUCCAGGCCGGCGUUGUGGAAGACCAGCUGCAGCCUCUCGGCGGAUGGCAUGCCCUCGAGGCAACCUCCAUGUUGGAAAAUUGCAAGACAAACAGUACUGCUACAGAUGGAGGCACCAGCAGCAGGAUAGAUAUCCCCGGUCCUGCAACCGAACAGAACAUCCCUAAACCCAGUAAUCCUCUUCAUCCAUGCCCGCCGCCACAGUCGCUGCCGGAGGGUGUGCAGUCCGUGCUCAACACGUCACGGGUUAACCGAAAGUGCAUUGGAGACGGUGAUGGCUUCACUGCUUAUGAGGAGAGGAUUGCAGGUGAUACAGACAUCCGAGAUCCACCGAAAUACAAAAUUAGAAUGAAGGGGAUUGAUGCACCGGAGCUGGAUAUGGAAUAUGGCAUGGAGUCAAAGGAUGAAUUGGUGAGGCUUAUUGGGGGGAAGCGUGUUUCGAUUCUUGUGUAUGGGCCAGACAAAUAUGGACGAUCUCUUGGUGACAUCUACUGUGACGGCGUCUUUAUCCAAGAACAAAUGCUGAAAGGGGGCUUUGCCUGGCACUACAAAAUGUGCGACAAACGUCCUGAAUUUGCAAAAUGGCAGAGAGAGGCGAAAAAGGCACGCCGAGGGCUUUGGUCGUUAGAUAAACCUCAAAAACCAUGGAUUUGGAGGAGAGAUAAUCCACGCAUUGACAACAAGAAGGGGAAUGCAGAUGACAUUCAGGUAGAACCGCAGAACCAGGUCAAUGAGAGCAGUGUAGGUCUACCAUUGUUGAUAAUGAAAGAUAUGGAGGAUCUGGGUAGGAAAUGGAAAGGGAGUCUGGAAAAUUUUGUGUCUGAGAAUAUGAAACUACAUGAUCAGGUCCAGGAGUUAAAGAGAGAUAAAAAGGAGGCCGAGGAGCGAGCUAAGAAGGCUGAAAAAGAAAUGGGAAAUGCUAUGGCUGACAACAUGAAGCUGAAUGGUCAGCUCCAGGAAUCGGAAAGAAAUAAAAAGGAGGCCGAGGAUCGAAUUUUACAGUUGGAUUUCUUCUCAGGAAGUGUGGCAGCUGUAAACAUGGAUUUGCACAAUAAGAUAGAGGUUCUAGAAAAUGAGCAUAAAAAGGCCGAGGACCAAGCCAAGGAGGUAGAAAGUGAAAUGGAGGGUGUUGUGGCUGAGAACAGGACGCUGAAGGAUCAGCUCCAGGUAGUAGAGGUCCAAGCUAUGAAGUUGAAAUAUUUUUCUGAAAAGGUUGCAGGUGUAAACAUAGUUUUGUACCGUAAGCUGGAGGGGUCAGAGGAGAAGAAUAAAAUGGCUGAGGAGCAAGCCAAGGAGACAGAGAAGGAGAUGAAAACUAUUCUGGAUGACAAUGUGAAACUAAGUGGCAAGAUUCAAAAAUUAAGUAAGAUAAAUAAAGAGAUUACCACCUUUGCUAAUAAUAGUAAAAGGAAAUUGCAAAGUGUUCUAGCCGUAAACAUGGAUUUGGACAAAAAGGGGAUGGAGCGAGCUACUCUACCGGAUAAGGGAUUGGAAAUUGUUGGAGUUGAAAAUAUGAAGGGGAAAUUACAAGGCACAAGUCACAAGAAGAGUGAACAAACUGUGGAGACCCCAUCGGCAACUCCAACCAAAGACUUUGGCGUGAAAAAACCCACUGUGUGGCGGAUGAAAACGGCCGCAACGACAUCUUCGGCGCCUCCACCAAAGGGUCAUUAUGAAUAGACACAACUAUGUGUUGAAUUUAAGCUAUUGCCUAUAUAUACAAGUUCAACGACGGCAUGUGUUGCUACAAAUUAAAAAAACUAUAUAUUAUAUAAUCUAUAAUCACGUGGCAUUUUGUGUUUCACCCGAACAUAUUUCCUUUUGUUUUGUAUAAAUAAUAUAAUGACAUUUAAUUCUA